CAGAUGGCAGCUGACAUCUGUCAAGUUGCGAGGGACGCAUUUGCGAUGUUUUUUUGAGUGUUUUGGUGCAACAGUAAUAAUAACAAGUAAUAAGCAAUUUCGCAACAACAAGAUAAAAUUAUCAGUUUUCGAUGCCAAGAUGAGCAGCAGUUCGCAAUACAUGCAAAAUUCAAGCACGAAGAACUCCACAGUGGUCCGGUUGGGGGAUAUCGAACACUUGGCUCAGCUCUCAGAGAACCUGUCUUCGCUGUGCUUGAGCCACGAAUAUGCGGACAUCACGCUCGUAGUCGAGGGGCAGAAGCUCUACGCACACAAGGUGAUUUUGGCGGCAAGAAGUGAGUAUUUCCGGGCGUUGCUCUACGGCGGCUUGAAGGAAUCGAACCAGUCGGAGAUCGUGCUCCCCGAUGCCCCCGUCAAGGCUUUCAAAAUCCUCCUAAAAUACAUCUACUCUGGCCACAUGUUUCUAAUGACUCUGAAAGAGGACGUGAUUUUAGACACUUUGGGUUUGGCCCACCAAUACGGCUUUCAAGACUUGGAGACGGCAAUAUCCGACAUCCUCAAACAACUGUUGGCCUUGCGCAACGUGUGUGCGAUUCUCGACACUGCACAUUUGUACGGGCUGGAGAAAUUAGUGGACGUUUGUCACGCGUUUUUGGACCGACAUGCCUCUGAAAUUCUGCUUCACGAGUCAUUCCUGCAGCUUUCCCAGGCGUCGCUCGUGGAAUUGUUACAAAGGGACUCGUUUUUCGCCCCGGAAGUGGAGAUAUUCCGGGGUGUGUGCACGUGGUGCACGGCGAAUGACGAUAAGGACGACCGCGUUAUGAAAUGUGUGAGAUUGCCGUUGAUGAGUGUCGCCGAUUUGUUGUCGGUGGUGAGGCCGGCGGGGUUAGUCAAACCGGACGCCCUUUUGGACGCGAUAGCGGAACGGACCAAUGUGAGAUUGAGUAGUCUGCCUCAUCGGGGGCAAUUGAUUUUGGAGGAGAAUGUUGCGUCGCCUCGAAUGGGCUCGAAAGUCGUCGCCGGGGAACUACUCGAGUAUUUACUAGACGGCGAUUACUACACCUACGACAUGGAAAAGGGGUACACGAGACAUCCCAUUAACGGGCCCGGUGAUCAAGGGAUUAUCAUAAAACUGGGAAUGCCCUCAAUCAUCAACCAUAUACGUAUGUUAUUGUGGGACCGCGAUUUGAGGUCAUAUUCGUACUAUAUCGAAGUGUCUAUGGAGCAAAAAGACUGGGUCAGAGUCGUGGACUAUAGUCAUUAUUGUUGUAGGUCUUGGCAGUAUUUGUAUUUCGAAAACCGCGUCGUACAAUUUAUUCGAAUCGUCGGUACGCAUAACACUGUCAAUAAGGUGUUUCAUUUAGUUUCGUUUGAAGCAUCGUGUAAAUUAAGCAUUCCAAAAAUGGUGAAUGAUAUAAUUUGUCCGAAUUACAACGUAGCGACUUUGGAUAAGAGUGCUGUGGUUAUAGAAGGCGUGAGUCGGUCGAGAAACGCCCUCUUGAACGGCGAUACGAAGCAUUACGAUUGGGAUUCGGGGUACACGUGCCACCAGCUGGGCUCGGGGGCCAUCCUAAUUCAACUAGGCCAGCCGUACGUGAUAUCGAGCCUCCGGCUGCUCCUGUGGGAUUGCGACGACCGCACUUACAGCUACUACAUCGAGUCGUCGGUGAACGUCUGGGAUUGGGAAAUGGUGGUGGACCACACUCGCGAAAACUGCAAAUCCUGGCAACUCAUCAGAUUCCCUCCACGACCAGUGGUCUUCAUCCGGAUCGUGGGCACGCACAAUUCGGCCAAUGAGGUGUUCCACUGCGUCCACUUCGAGUGUCCCUCGUGCGAAGACCAAGGCUCUUCGGGCUCAGCCAAACCCUCAACCAGCAAAAGCAUCACUUCGGAGAAAGAUGUCUCGAUGCAGACGGCAGAAAUCGCCACCGAAGCCGAAGAAAUGCAUUCAGAAGACGACGAUAAAAUAUGAAAAAGAGCGUCGCGAAAUCUGUUUAUUAAUUUAUUUAUGUAUUGUUGGCUUUCAAUAAUGAUCGUGUCCAGUUUUUAUUUCAUUAUGAUUACUUUGUUUUGAGGGAUUAACAACACUAAUCAGGGGGAGUGAGGGAAAUGUGAUAUAAGCAAUUGGGUAGAGAAUUUGUGAUAAUUUGGUGGAAAUUAAAGCGAUGAGAUUUCUUUUCCAAAACGUUAGCAAUAAAUUAUUCGAAAUGUGACUAUAAUGUAUGUCGGGUGUUAUCGCUUAGACUUUUAACACUGUACUAAGAGUAUUUUUAUGAUGUUUUAUGUGAAAAGAGAACUUUACAAAAUAAAUGUAGAUUGUUGCAA